AUGACUUUAAGUAAAAAACGAGAAGUAUUAGAAUGGACUAAUGCUCUUGAUCCUGCGAAGGUCAAAGCGAGACGAUACCUCUACGAUCAUACUGAUGAAGGCUACAACCUUAUUCCAUGGCGAAACAAUGCUUGGGUGGAGAUCGCUGAUGCUCUGGACUCCUCUCGUAAAAAUAGAAAACGAGCUUUUGACUUUACAAACCCACGUGAAUGUUUAGCUGAGCACGUGAAAACCCGCUGGAAGACAUUGCGUGAUCGAUUUAAGAAAGAAGAGAAAAAGGAGAAGAUGACAGGCAAGCCGGCCACAUGGGUGUUCCAGAAACCGUUGCGUUUCAUUCAAACUCUGCCUAAAGAACGGCUAUCAGAUGAUAAUGCAUUAGUCGUGAAAGACGAACAACCAGACAAUGGUCAUAUUUCUCCUAUGGAAACUGCCAUUUCAUUUAUAAAGCAAGAGAUGAGCCGCGCAGCAGAAGCAGCGGAAGCAGCUAUCGAACCGCCUUCCUCAUCGGAUGCAGCCAUAGAUUCUCCUUCUAUGACACCGCUGUCAAAUCAAGGUUUGUCUAUAAAGAAUUGAUC